AUGUCCUCCAACACAGCUUCAACCUUCAAGCCACGCCAUGUCCAUUUCGUAGGAAGUGUCCCCCUUCCCGCAACCGAAGACGUGUUCCAAUGUCUGACCACAACAUUUCCAAACCAGCUCCAAAGGAUUCCAGAUGGCGAAACAGGAAAACGCCAAGGAUUCAUUUUGUGGCAGACUGGAAUUCUCGAAGGCUCAAAUAUCCGCAUCAUGACCUUCACAGCCGCAGACAGGGAACCACAGAUCCCAUCCACCCGAUCUCCUGCGGCGAAUAUAGCACCAAGCUACGAUGACUUCGCCCUGGACUCGUACAAAACCUUCUGCCACUUGCGAGAUCAAGGCGUUAUACCGCACGGCAUCCGUUUCCAAGUCUCCCUCCCCACUCCCGCAAAUGUAAUCUGUUGCAUCGUCCACCCCGAAGACCAAGUUCGCGCCGAACCCCUCUACGAAGCCGCUCUUCUAUCAUGUCUCCGUCGCAUCCAAAAUUCGAUCCCAGCUCACGAUCUAGCCAUCCAAUGGGACCUAGCAGCUGAAUUCGCCCUCCUCGAAUUUUCACAGCUAGAUCCACAACCAAAUUGGAAACCUCGGUUUAUUUCAAGCCCGUGGUUCUCGCCGCUGAAGGAAGGCUUGAUCGAGCGGAUUGUGAGGUUGGCGGGUCAUGUUGAUUCUGGCGUGGAGAUGGGCUUUCAUCUCUGCUAUGGUGAUGCACGACAUCAGCAUUUCAUCCAGCCGAAAGACACGGCUCUGCUUGUUGAGAUGGCGAAUCUGAUUUCAUCUGCUGUGAAAAGAGAUAUUAGCUGGGUGCAUAUGCCUGUGCCUAUUGAUCGGAAGGAUGAGGCGUAUUUUACUCCAUUGAAAGAGUUGAAAUUGAAGCCUGAGACGGAGUUGUUCUUGGGGUUGGUGCAUGCUGAUGGGAAAGAGAAGACGGAGGAGAGGAUAGCAGUUGCCGGGAAGUUUGUGAAUAGGGAGUUUGGGGUCACGACAGAGUGCGGGAUGGGGAGGACGGGGAGUGAGGAGUUUGAGAAGGUGAUGGAUGUUAUGGCUGCUGUUACUGGAGCGUCUUAG